CGAUCGUAAAUGGCAUCGUCUGUGACAUAUGGAUACUCGGUAGUCACUGGUUAAAACGAACUUUGAAUUUGAACUUCAUCAAUCACAUAACUUAAUAAGGUAUACCCUUUAACAACACCGCCCGCCACAUGGAUACGGCGUGUUCGUCGCAAGAAUACACCAAAACAACAAGCCAGAACAGAGCUUGCAGAAGAAGCUCAGAAGACAGACGGCUCUCCGAGUUCGCGUGCACCUAUGACACAAUACCAACAUUUCAUUCCACGGUUCAUAUUGCGGAGAUUCCAAGUCGGACCAGUCAAGUCCAAAACAGAACGACAAAAAGAAUUUCGACGCACCGGUGUUGAUCCUGAAUACGUUCACUACUAUGAUAUUGCUACGGGUAGCCUCGACAUUCGUCCUAUUGGAAAGGUUUACGGCGUACCAGAUUUCUACCAGGACGUCCGAAACACUCAUAAUAUCAACGAACUAGAGGGAAAAUUAGCGGACCUCGAACGUCAUGCAGCUUCCAUCAUCACGGACUUACAUGAAGCGCUUUGUCAGGGUAAUUUUACUCUGAAGCGGAGGCCGCUAGAGCUUCUGCGAAAGUUCUUCUUUAUCAUGCAUUAUCGCAAGAUAUCGUGCUCCAACGCCUACUUUCAAGCGGAUCACCCGGAGAACGCAGGGGCCCGUCAGUGGAUUGAAUCUUUCAUGAAAGCGAAGGGUAUUCAAUCCGCUGUCGAGUGUUGGCUAUAUGUUCUCAGAUACUACCUGGACACAUCACAUUCGGAUAUCAUGCGAGAUGCUGCAGAACUCGUAGAGAAGUACGGCGAAGAAGGUCUUCUAAAAAUGAUGAUUGAAUCGCAUAUCCCACCUGAUCUCGAACACUUCCCAGCUUACACUUACCACACUCACGCGGACAACUACUUCUUCAGUAUCUGGGAAGCCGCGGAAGGGGAAGAAUUCAUCCUCACGCACAACGCAUUUGGUUUGUGGGAAGGCUUGAUAGGUGGCUGCCCUGGCCUGCACCGCAUAUUCGUAGUCAGCCCUCGCAUUGCUAUCGUCCUGCGCAAUGUGGUAUUGUCUCCAAGGAUGAAAGAAUACAUAAAGCCGGAUUUGUUUGUGAGCUCCUUGCUCCACGUGAAUACAGUACCAUCAACUCCAAUUUACGCCAGCGGAGAACGCGGUAUUGACCACGUAAAUUCCCAAUCUGCGAUAUCACUUGCACGUUACAGAUCCUCUCAGGAAGGGGCGAAUGACAGUUUUGUGUUCAAGAUCACAAAACUAUCGCGACCCCAGACAUUGGAGCUCAAUUCCGUCCUAUUAGUCAACGUGACGAAGACAGGCUCUUUGACCUUCCUGUCAAGGAGGAGUAUGCUCCGCACCGUGCGUGCGUUCCGGAGUUUGCCAGCCAAUUUCCUUGCGAGUCAGCUGCUCGUUCCGCUCAUUGGACGACUGACAGAUACCAUGGAGACAGAGGUGUCGGCUCUUCACCCGCCGUCACAGUCACCAGCGGCUGUUCUCGACCAGGACGUUGACGCACUCACACUCGUUGAUGUAGUGCUCUACGUACUUCUAAUGCAGAUAUGCACGGGUAGCAGGCGAUUUGAAACGGCAUACGACAGGGCACAUCUAGUCUUCAGAAUCAUGGAGAAAGCAAAGCCCACUCCAUUCGCAGACGAAAUCAGCCGAGAAGUCGAGAAGGCUUUCAAGGUCUGCAAAGAUUCGGAGGAUGAGAUGCCUAUCGGAGAGGGCGUCAGUUUCGCCCCCUUACUCUCUUCGAUUUCCAAUGAGUCGUCUUCUCAACUCUUCGAAUUCAUGAUACCUUGCAUGAGCAGACUGGGCGCAGUGAUGUCUGGAGGUGAAGGGAUUUUGGAAGAGCUUCAAGAUGAAGUCACCGUAGUGUGCUUUCUUGCACGUGCGUCGACCAGCCCAGCAGUGUGGCAUGCACUCUCGUGUAUCAGCCAACAGGCCCCAAAAAUCUUGCCAAGGCUAUUCAAGGAAGACACCCCAACAGAUAGAUCUGUUAUGGAUUUCACGCGGUUUAUGUAUGAGCACGCUUCACCAUCAAUUUUCUCUUCUGGUUUUCAUACGGCAUAUGCAUUACGAGGAAUAUGCGGCAUGUUUGGGCCAACCACCAAUCCCAUCAGUGAGAGCUAUUACCGAUUUAUGGCAACUAUAAUCCAAUGUUUUGGUCGUGGAACACUGGGAUCCCUGCCAGAACCGUACUCUUCGCAGCCGCGCGAGAGGCCCAAGGCCCGACUCCUUUACAAGAUGCCAGAAGAGCACUCAAAGUUACUUUUCUCGAAUAUGAAGAUGAUACUGCGAGAAGCGCUCCCUGGAUUUGAGCCUUCGCUAGGAGGGAGUACUCUAGGUCAAACCCUCAGAAAGUGGAUAGACGAGAUGGCCAUCGUCGGUUGUCUUGCGUGGUUGGGAAAGCACAGGAGGAAUUUUUUGGACUACAUUUUGGAUGGGUUUCCGCAGGGUAUGAAUUUCAAGUUGUUUGAAGAUGAAGAAGCCACUGGGAGUACCUAGAUCGACUUGUUCAAAUUGAUCUUCGCUUACUGAGACGCAUCAGUUGUAGUAGUACUGUACAUAUCAUUGUGAAUCAAAUGCCAGUGCGGACUCAUUAA